GGCUUUCGCUCUUUCCCUUUCCACAUGAUCUUUUCUUCACGUGUAUCCAUCCAUCAAUCAACCAGAACACAAGAACUUCAAGAACUUCUCCGAAAGACAAGUAGCUUAUUCCAGGAUUUUUGAAUUACAAUCCAUUUCUCUGAGGGUGUUCUCUCCUGUCUCAGUUCGGCCUUCAUAACCUAGUAAGGAUAUUCGACCUUUGUUUUCGUGACAUUGCCGUUUUGAUCACUCGUGAUCAAUUGAAUGGACGUUUAACAACAUCAUCUGACCUGGUGUGUAUUUUGAUAUUUCCCCCUCCCAAUGAAAGGAUAUCAUCUAAAUGAAUCUAUUAAUCAUAAUCAAUAAAGUCUUCUACUGAUAAUUUCAUAGCUUUGACCUCUUUUUUUUCAUCAAUAGCUCAGUGAUUGGGGAUAUAACAAUAUCAAAAUCACUUCUGUCGCAUUCUGAAAAGCCUCGGACAAGGGAAGGGAGGAAGAAGAUAACAAAAAAGCACAACCGACCACUGACCACCACCACCGAUCACCACUGACCGGACCACUGACCUACUACCAACCUUAGGUCAUAAAAAAAAAAGGUGCGUGAAAUUUCAUAAUCAAGUUCCACACCCAUCCGCCCAAAAAAGGCGCCAAAGAUCGAUCAAAUUUAUUUUCAAAUCUGUGCCUGUCCGUCGCAUCCAUCCGUUACAACUUGUCAGAAGCGCCACUUGCACAUUUAUGAAAAGGAAAAAAAAGAGGUUAUCUUUCGUGGAACCUUUGCGGUGUUCAAUUCCACGCAACAAGGAUUGUUCGGACAUUACCGUUGGUCAAAAACAUCUGCAAUUCAUAAAUCACCAGAUCCGCAAACACACAGAAAAUGCCUCCUCCCAUGAUUUUGAUCAUAUCUCGCAGAGCAGCGUCAAUAUCAAUAUCAUAUUGUAACUGCACUAUUACCUGCGAUGUUCACCAAAAUUACAUUAUUCCUGUUUGCUCCCAAGUACAACAAUUAAUGUAAAGUACAAUAAUUGUUGUACUUAUGUCAACGAAAAAGCUUGAUUCAUGAUCAUGAUUUUAUCAAUCGGAAGUUGCAGCAUUUCAAAAGAGGGCGCAACCCCAACAACACCCAAAUUUCUAUUGAUAUCUCAUUUUCUUAUCAAGAAGUGGUUGAUUGAUUGAAUUGCUAUGUGAUACUUUAUCUGCAAUGACACGUGCUGACCUUGUAGGUACGACUUCGAAGGACACAAAAACGUUCGUUUCGAAGAUCACGGCGACGAACUACUGCAGCUGAGCGCUUCGAAGCAUCAGAGCGAGUCACCGAUACGUCUUCAUUGCUUCCGUAGGAGCCGUGCCCUUUGCACUAGAAGACCACUUUUGUUGCACUUGUGCCAGCCUCGGUAGACACGUCAUUAAAUCGCGAAAGAUCAAGUUCAGCCUUAAAUCUAUCUACCAACCCCUCGAGGUCAUCUGCGCCUUACGAUUGUUAAUUCCUCAAAUCCCCCACAAAUCAUCGUGCAAGGCUCGUCACGAGGACACCAGAUUAUCGCAAUGGCAGACAUGGACCUUGAACAUUCAGGAUUGCAGGAAGUAGCAAAUGCUAUGCGAGAAGAGAAUGCUAAUAUGAGCAACACUGCACAAAAGCGGAAGCGGGACUCCGAAUCAGCUGAUGACACGAGGCGACUUAACAACAAGCGUGUUUCCCCGAAUUCUGGUAAUGACCCCGGUGACCAAUCGUUGGUCAAUCAGCAGAUCGGUGAUGUAGAAGCCCUGCAGAAUUAUGCCAACCUUCAACACAACCAGCAAAUUCAUCCCGACCAUCAAAAUGGUGCCGCAGACCAUGCCAACGCCUCUUCUACUGCCGCUGCGGCACUUGCUGGAAUCUAUCCAACCAUGACCAUUCCACAACCAACAGAUGUCUCUUUUGCUUCUCAAGCAUCGGAGAACGACCGCCACCAGGAUUCAUCUUUCAUGGAUAACAACCAGCAACCGGACAACAGCUUCAUGGAUAAUUCACAACAGCAACACCAACCUCAAAAUCGAAGUUCUGGUUCAAAACCUGUUGUGGGUUCUGAUGAAUGGCAUAAGGUCCGAAAGGAUAACCACAAAGAAGGUAGUUUUCAUUCAAUACAUUCCCCUUUUCUUUUCUUGUACUGAUAAUUCCCAGUUGAGAGGCGCCGUCGAGAAACCAUCAAUGAAGGUAUCAAUGAGUUAGCCAAGAUUGUACCAGGGUGUGAGAAGAACAAAGGAUCGAUCUUACAGAGAGCUGUUCAAUUCAUCACUCAACUCAAGGAGAACGAGACUCAAAACAUUGAGAAAUGGACACUCGAGAAGCUUCUGACUGAACAAGCCAUCGCAGAGCUCAGUGCAAGCAAUGACAAGUUGAAGACGGAAUGUGAGAGAGCAUGGCGAGAGGUUGAGACAUGGAAGAAGACAUGUCAGAGUGCUGGAUUGGCACCCAAGAAGGAAGAUGCAGGUCCUUCAGAUAACUAGAUGAUGGAGUCUUGAGAAUGUUGGGCGGCCUUCUCCUACAUUGUUGGUCACACUGCGAUAAGAUGAUACCCUUUACAAACAGUUGUGUCAAGCAUUUGAGUGUUGACUUACCGCUUUUUAUUCUUUCGCGUCUGGGAGAACCAGGGAUUUUGGAGACGGUCGGUAGCUUUGCUUUAUAGUCCUGUUUUCUAACAGGAAAAUAGUUGGAGGAUUAUCCUUAGAUCUAAAAU